AUGCGUAACGUCGAUCGCGCGACCGCCAGCGGUGUGCGGCACCUGCGGCUGCUGUGCGCUGGCGACACCGACGCACUCGACAUCAUCGCCGACGCCAUCGCUUUCCCGAGCAGCGCGUGGCGCGGCAUCACGCGACUUGACUUGCAGAGCAUGCAUCCCUCGCCCCGCGCGCUGCAGCUGCUGGAGAGCGCGCUCCCAGCACUGCAAGAGCUCGGGGUCUACCGGGACCUUUUCACGACCUUCAACAGCAUAUUCCUGUUGUGUCCGCUCAAGUUUCCAAGCCUGAAGUCCUUCACGCUCCAGGGCGGCGACAAGGGGGCGAACCUCAGGAUACCACCGUUCUCUGCGGCGCUGGAGCGUUUGUGCAUUGCCGAGGUCACUGGCCCGCUCGACAUUUGCGUUGAGUCCAUCCCCAGCCUCAAGAGUAUCGAAGUGCGCAGCAUCCCCGAACUGCACGUGCUCAACAUCGCUCGCUUGACCGGUCUCUUGUCUCUGACCCUGCACGACCUGCCGGAGCUGCGGCACCUGCAAGGAUCCUCGUUUGGCUUCGACGAGCUCGAGGCGCUUUUCUAUCUCAAGCAUCUGGAAAAGCUCAGCUCCCUCACCUCCCUCGAGCGCCUGGCCAUCACCGGCAAACGUCAGACGUGCUGCGUGCCGCGGUCCAUAGCCGCCCUGACGCAGCUGACGCAUCUGGAGAUCGACCUGCGCCGGACCGCGGGCGCGAGGUUCGGGCCAGACGCAGAGUCUGCGCCGCUGGGGCUGUCUGGGGAGCCGGGUGGGCUCUACCCGCCGUCGCCGCUGGUCGGCUGCACCGCACUGCGAGAGCUUGUGAUCCGCGACAGGGGGGCACGACUGGCCGUGCCGCAAGAUGCCCUGGAGAGCCUGGCCGCCCUGGAGGUGCGCCAGUGCGCGGUGCAUUGCUAG